UCCUCUGCUGCAGAGUUCGACUGCGCAGCUGCAGCGCGAGAGCUCGAGCCGCACUGACAACACAGCUCUGACAAAAUGCCAAUGGAUAAUUUCAUAUUUGCGCAAUGCAUCCUUUAUUUUUUAGCCUUCGUCUUUGGCUUUAUAGCGAUAGUACCUCUGUCGGAAAACACGGAGGAUUUUCGUGGGAAAUGUCUGCUUUUUACGCGGGGUAUGUGGCAGAACGAGAACAUCACGGUGUCUAAGCAGCGCUUCAUCAUUGAGGAAUGGGGACCACAGUCAUCCUGCAGCUUCAUCACCGCUGUCGGCAUCGCGUCCCUCAUCCUGUCCGCCGUACAAGCCUGGAGGCUGCUGCUCUUCAUCUGCAAAGGCCACGAUGACUCAAUCUUCAACGCCUUCCUAAACCUGCUCAUCAGCACAUUCGUAGUGUUUGCUGUAUUCCUGUCCAGCACAAUAGUAAGUGUGGGUUUCAACCUAUGGUGUGAUGCCAUCACAGAAGGAGGCAGUAUGCCCAGCAGCUGUGAGGAUCUCCAGGACACCGAUCUUGAACUAGGGUUGGACAACUCGGCUUUUUAUGACCAGUUUGCCAUAGCACAGUUUGGGUUGUGGGCGGCCUGGCUGACUUGGCUGGGUAUCACAGUCAUGGCCUUUCUGAAGGUCUACCAUAACUACCGUCAAGAGGAUCUGGUCGACAGCUUGAUCCACGAGAAAGAGUUCCUACUCGGACGCUCGUCACGCCGCUGCUCUGAUGUGGUAGAUGAAAAAAGUGGCAUGAUAUGAUCCACUCAACAUUUUGCAACGCAACAAUUAUAGAAAUUUUCCAUUGGCAUACUGUCAAGUAAAAUGUAUUCAUAAGCUUCUAAAUUUGGCUCAUUAGUUGGUGUUUCAACUGAGGUCAAUCAAAAGUUGAGAGCUUAACUGAGCCAAAUGCUUCUGAAUAACAUUUUAUUCGACAUUCUAUGAUGACUGAGAAUAGACAUUCAUGUGCACUCAACUGUUUGGACUGAAGUCAAAGAUCAUUUACCCACAAUAUUUGUUGAUGUUGAGCUUAAAACACAAGACCCUGAACAAAAUUAACAGUGAACAUGAAUAACGUAAAAGGAUAAUUUGCUCAAAAAUGAAAAAUGUGUCAUCAGUUACUCCCUGUCAUGUUGUUUCAAAUCCAUAUGAUAUUUUUAAUGAAACCUGUCCCUCCAGUGAAAGUCCAUUCCACCAAUACUUUUAAGUUUCAAAAAGUUCAUGACAACAUUGUGAAAUAUAAUCCAUAUGAAGCGAUUAAUCCAAGUCUUUUUAAGAGACAUAAUUGCUUUAUAUGAUGAACAUAUUUAAUUUAGGCUUCUAUUCACAUAUAAACAUCGAUCAACACACAUACAUAGAGCACAUCAAAAAAGGUAAACGGAAGCUCAAAUAUGAGAAUAAUUCUUAUAAAUCCUGUGUGACAUACAAUCAAAGUUUUAUUGACUUAUGUUUUUGCUCAACCAAAUGCUUUCCUUCUAAAGCCUAUUUAAAGCAGUUCUAGAUAUGAGCAACAGCUUCCAGUCAGUCUCUAUUCCAUCAGUGGUAUACAUUAGCUGAGGAGUUAGAUUUAGUACAUUGUAUCUCAGGCAAUACUAGAUUUAACACUAUUUGAAGUGUGUGUGAUCCAUUUCUGGUUUUCUUUACUUAAAGAUCAUUCCCUUCCAGUACUGCCUCUAUGUGUAAGACAUAUAUAAUCAUGUAUAUGACUGUAUUAGUAUCUUUCCUAUGUAAAGGGAUUUAAAACAUGCUUGCAUGUACAUAUAUGUUAUAAAAAAUAAACAGGCAGACAACAAGGAAGGCUCUAUAAAUAUAUUGAAGUGACUAAUCUGUCUUCAGAAUAUGACGUCACACUCUGAUGAAAUAUGAGAUUUGGAGGGAUAAUUUAAUGAUUUGCUUCAUACAGUUUACUUGCUUUCCUAGAAUCUACUAAGAUCUAAGUUUAUGCCAUUACGCUCCAUUAUAGUUCACUAUGUUUUGAAAUAUUGUUGCGCAUGCUGGAAUAAAUUUCGAUGUAUGCCUUUUAUUUUGGUUUAAGCAUCUUGCAAAUAGGAUUAUAUUUUAGUUUUGCAAGUUAAUGGUGUGUGAGCAUGAGUCGUGAGUCACUGUAAACUCUGUAACACACUCAGGCCCACAGAGAUUGUUUUGUGCAUCAUUUUAUUUAUUGUGUCAUAGUGUGAACACAUCUCUUCAUCAUUAUAAGCCUAUAUUUGUUUUAGGGCUUUUAUUUAUUAAAAGCAGUAAUAGCAGUAUAAACAGCAAUGAUGAUGGAAAUACAGAGCAAAUGGUGAUUUUUCUGAUCAUGAAAAUAAAAUUCAGUCUUUAAACUAGUAA